AUGUUGGCUUUAUUCUUAUUGUUCUCACUGGCACUGGCAUUGGAGUCCCCAGUGGUGGACUUGGGUUAUGCUAAGUAUCAUGGCCGCUCAAAUUCAAUGGGAAUAUCUCAGUGGCUUGGGAUGCGCUAUGCUGCCGCGCCAGUGGGAGACUUGCGAUUCGAGGAGCCUGAAGACCCUUCCCCUGUCACAGGAGCUCAACAGGCUACGCAGCAUGGCCCGAUAUGUAUUCCAGUCGCUGGUAGGCGAAAUGCAACUAUACCAUCGAGGACCGCGGAGGACUGUCUCUUCAUAGACGUUUAUGCCCCUACCAAGGCCUUCACUUCGAAGGCGUCUCUUCCUGUAUACUUUUUUAUUCAAGGGGGUGGCUUUGCUGCGCUGUCAAACCCUAAUUAUAACGGGUCUGGUUUGAUUCAAGCCUCGGGACACAACAUUGUGGUUGUGACCUUCAACUACCGCGUCGGGCCGUUUGGUUUUCUUGCUUCUGAAGAAGUGUCACAGGGUGCAAGCUUGAAUAAUGGAUUGAAGGAUCAGCUAAAGGCGCUUGAGUGGGUGCAGAAACAUAUCAGCAAGUUCGGGGGAGAUCCAGAUCACGUCGUUAUCGGUGGUGACAGUGCUGGAGGAGCAUCAGUCACCUUUUUACUCUCGGCAUACGGUGGACGAGACGAUGGACUAUUUAUUGGGGCAGCCGCUGAAUCACAAAGCUUCGGAACAGUGCUGAAUGUGACCGAGAGUCAGUUCGCCUACAACAGACUGGUUACUCGCACGGGGUGCAGCGAUAGUGAAAAUACACUGGCAUGUCUCCGUGACCUCGAUGUCCGCGCCCUACAGAGCGAGAAUAUUGUCACGCCAUUACCAGGAGCACCGGGAAAGCCCUUAUACCUAUACAGCCCGACGAUCGAUGGAGAUCUAGUUCAAGACUACACAUACACCCUGUUCGAGCAGGGGAAAUUCGUCAAAGUCCCAGUGAUAUUUGGUGAUGACACAAACGAAGGCACGAUCUUCGCCCCAGUUGGAACGUCCAGUGUUGCCCAAGCGGAUACCUUCAUCAAAAAUCAAUUCCCAAGUAUGACAAAAGCCCAAAUGAACAAGGUCAACGAAAUGUACCUCAACGAGAACCAGACUCGAGAAUUUCCCAAUGCUGGUUCUUACUGGCGGCCCGCCAGUAAUGCAUAUGGCGAAAUUCGAUACAUUUGUCCUGGAAUCCACAUGUCCUCCAUCUACGCUGCAGCAGGCGUUCCAAGCUGGAACUACCACUAUGCCGUUUUGGACCCCGAAGAUGAAGCCAAGGGUUUUGGAACAUCACACACCGUUGAAGUGAAUGCCAUCUGGGGACCGGACCAUGUCAGCACGACUCCCCCUGACUCAUAUUAUACCAGCAAUGCCAACAUUGUACCUGUAAUGCAGGGCUACUGGACAAGCUUUGUGCGAACUUUGGAUCCGAACACCUAUCGAGAAUCUUCCAGCCCCAUUUGGCACACCUGGGGCGAGGGAGAUGAUGCUUAUAAGCGCAUCUUCUUACGAACCAAUAAGACACGGAUGGAGAGGGUGCCAGCGAAGCAGCAGGAACGUUGUAAUUAUCUGAUUGACAUUGGCGUCGAGUUGAGACAAUAG